CCGAUUCCGUUCUUUUUUAAUGCAAAACCCUCCAUGGCCGCCAUACUUGAGUUCGGCGCUGCGGGGUAAUCUCUUGAACUCACCUCAAGUUCCUCUUUUUUCCUUCAACCAAACAGAACAAAACAAAACAAAACAACCGCAAUCGAACGUUCCAUAAACCCUUGUUACUAUUUUGUAAUUUAAUCAACAAAUUAUCAGCUGAAAACUCCUCCUUUUUUCUUUAUUUUUUGCCCUUAAUGGAGUCUUUAUCAAGCUCAGUGUUCGUCUCCAAUUUCAUGGAGACAAAGCCUCUUCUCAACACUCCUCUACCUUCUCUUUCCCCGUCUACAUCUUCUUUGAUUAAAGAAAUAAAUAAACGAAUCGGGUCUUUUCGAUUCCACUGCGGGAGUUCUACUUCCCUUGGCCUUCGUGUACGGGCUCUCACGCGUGAGGAUGCAGGUGAUGGUGAAGAAAACGGGCCUGUUACAGAUGCAUUUAAGUCAGUUUCUGGCAAUAUUUUCUCUUUAUCUCUAGAUGAUGUAAAUAGCAACAAGAGUAGUGAUGAGGACAUGAAUGAAAUUAUAGAUGUCGAGGCAUCUCUGGCAGUUCCACAUGUUUGUGGGUUCGGUGGGGGAACAAAAGCUGGGCUUUUUAGAACUCCAAUUUCUGGCGGAGUUCAAAGUGCAACCUCAGCUCAUGGGCUACCUCGACCAGCCUUGGCAGUCCGCAAUCUGAUGGAGCAGGCCCGAUUUGCUCAUUUGUGCACUGUUAUGUCUCGAAUGCACCACAGACGACAAGGAUACCCCUUUGGUUCUCUGGUUGAUUUUGCACCAGAUUCGACUGGGCAUCCAAUAUUUUCAUUCUCACCACUGGCCAUCCACACACGGAAUUUGUUGGCAGACCCCAGAUGCACUCUUGUUGUUCAGAUACCGGGAUGGAGUGGCUUAUCCAAUGCAAGGGUAACGAUAUUUGGUGAUGUCUAUCCACUUGCAGAACAUCAACAGGAGUGGGCACAUAAGCAGUAUAUAGCGAAACAUCAACAAGGGCCUACCCAACAGUGGGGAAAUUUCUACUAUUUUAGGAUGCAGAACAUCAGUGACAUAUAUUUCAUUGGAGGCUUUGGCACUGUUGCUUGGGUUGAUGUCAAGGAAUAUGAAGCACUUCAGCCUGACAAGAUUGCAGUUGAUGGAGGCGAGCAAUAUCUGAAGGAACUUAAUUUGCUGUUCUCAAAGCCUCUUAAAGAGCUCUUGUCCACUGAAUCCGAGGUGGAUGAUGCUGCUCUCAUAUCAAUCGAUAGCAAGGGGGUUGACAUUCGCGUCCGACAGGGCGCACAGGUAAGAGCUGCGUUUCAACGUACACAGGUAUCUUUUGAAGAAGGACAUCCUGUGGAAACCUUGGAACAAGCCAAGACUGCUCUUUGGAAAUUAAUAAAGAUGGGUCAAGUGCAAAAUCUGCGGAAGUCAUGACUCCUACUCUUUUUUGUUGUUUCCUAUAAUGGAUUAGUAGUGGUUUCCUAUUUUCUUCUUCCAACUCUUUCUUUAUUUGCCAAGGGGAGAAGUGAUCAGGGUUUAAGUCUGGGUAUGGGUGAAAAAGUUAAGGUAAGCAAAAAAGUAAAAAAGAAAAUCCUUUAUUAGGAUGUAAUAUUGUAAAAUUAUAAAAUGGACUGAUAAUAUUUUCUUUUAAUUUUAAUUUUAUAUUAAUAAAUAUCUACACAAAAAUAUCUAGUAA